CAGCUACUAAGCUAAGCCUUGAUCAAGUGCAUUGCUUGUCCAUCGAGAUGGCGCUGACGCUUGCACUGGAGAGCGGCAGCAGCAGGCCAUCAGAUGACGGUCGUCGAGAGGCCGCGGCCGCCGGAGGACUGGCGGCAGCAGCCGAAGACCUCGGCGACUGCAGCCACCACCAUAGAAGCAGCAGCAGGCCGCGCGAGCGCAUGUUCGAGAAGGUGGUGACGCCGAGCGACGUGGGGAAGCUGAACCGGCUGGUGGUGCCCAAGCACCUGGCCGAGAGGCACCUGCCGCUGCCGGGCGCGGCGGCCCGGGCGGGGGGCACCGUGCUGUGCUUCCACGACGCGCGUGGCGGCGAGGCGGCGUGGCGGUUCCGGUACUCGUACUGGAGCAGCAGCCAGAGCUACGUGAUGACCAAGGGGUGGAGCCGCUACGUCCACGACAAGCGCCUCGCCGCCGGGGACACCGUCUCCUUCUGCCGCGACGGCGCCAGGCUCUACAUCGACUGCCGCCGACGCAAGAGGGCGGUCGUCGUCCCUGUCCCUGCAGUGCCGCCACAGCAGCAGCAGCAGCAGCAGCAGGCCUUCUUCUUCCCGCAGGCGGCGGCCGCGGCCUUGCAGGUGCAGCAGCGCUUGGUGGUGGCGCCGCCGCGCGUCGUCGUGUCCAUGAAAGAAGAAGAAGAAGAGGAAGAAGACGAGGCGCGGCGCAGGCGGUGCCUCCGGCUGUUCGGCGUGAACCUGGAGCUGGAGCCGCUGCUGCUUGAUUUGCAGCUUUAAUUACAUUUGACGACCGGCCGGCUUAGCUGGUGGGAUAUGCAUUCACAAGAUUCAAGCUGUAGUAGAGUACAAUCAUCGUCGUAUACCAAUUACCAACUUCAACUUAUAGAUACUAAUCAGAUUAAUUAGUGUGGGCAUGCCUUCUAAUUUAAUUUUGCACAUGACUGUUGUUGUUUCGAAUUCGACUUGGAGAGGAUUGUAACCUAAAGCAGCAGUUACUCGA